AUGCAGGUGAAGGACUCGCUGGUCACCUGGACCAGAGACUACCUCACAGGUCGGCCACAGUAUGUGAGGCUGCAGAGCACCACCUCAGACACCAGACUGAGCAGCACAGGGGCUCCUCAGGUGUUCCCUGCAGAUGUUCAUCAGACGGUGCUGAUUAAAGAAGAAGCUCCUGAAGAACGGAGUUGUGGUGUGGACCAGAAGGACCCAGAGACCCUCAACAUAAAGGAGGAAGAGGAGGAACUGAGGACCAGUCUGGAUGUGGAGCAGCUCAGUGUGAAGGAGGAGACUGAAGACACCAGGUUCUCCUUCACUGCAGUUCAUCUGAAGAGUGAGGAUGAUGAAGAGAAACCUCUGUUCUCUGAGCUUCAUCAGCACCAAGUGGAAGAUGGAGAUCUUCCAACCAGCAGCUCAGCUGACCAGAUGAAAGCAGCAACUGGUGGAGAAGAUUGUGUUCAACUCUACAGAUCAGAUGUUCAGCAGAUGAUGCUGAUUGUAGAAGAAACUUCUGAAGAAUGGAGGUCUGAUGUGGACCAGAAAGACCCAGAGCUCCUCCAUAUGAAGCUUCAUCAGCACCAAGUAGAAGAUACAGUACAUCUUCCACCCAGAAGCUCAGCUGACCAGAUGAAUGCAUUAACUGUUGGAGAAGACUGUGGAGGAGCAAAAACUACCAGGAACCCAGCCCUAAAUACUAAUGAAGAUGAUUCCAGCUCUUCAGAGACUGAAGACAGUGUGGAUGAUGAGGAUGUGAAUGAUCCUGAUUCUCAGCUGAAAGACUCGUCAGACUCUGGAUCCGAACCUGAAGACAGUGACAAAGACUGGACGGAGAGCAGGGCUCCUGAGUCAAGUGUAAACAUUGUCAACAAAUCUUGCAGCUUCUCUGAAUUUGGACACAAGUCAUAUUUAAGCAGACAUAUGAGAAUCCACACGGGACUGAAACCAUUUCCUUGUAAUGUCUGUGGACAUAAGUUUAGAGAUAAGUCAACUUUAAACAUACAUGUGAGAAUCCACACAGGACAGAAACCAUUUGCUUGUAAUGUUUGUGGACACAGGUUUGGACACAAGUCAAAUUUAAACACACACAUGAGAAGCCACACCGGACAAAAACCAUUUGCUUGUGAGGUUUGUGGACAAAGGUUUGGACACAAGUCACAUUUAAACAGACACAUAAGAAUCCACACAGGACAAAAACCAUUUGCUUGUGAUGUUUGUGAACAAAGGUUUGGACAAAAGUCACAUUUAAACAUGCACAUGAGAAUCCACACCGGACAGAAACCAUUUCCUUGUGAUGUUUGUGGACAAAGGUUUGGACACAAGUCGCAUUUAAAUAGACAUAUGAGAAUCCACACAGGACAUAAAACAUUUGCUUGUGAUGUUUGUGAACAAACGUUUGGACAAAAGUCACAUUUAAACAAACACAUGAGAAUCCACACAGGACAGAAACCAUUUUCUUGUGAUGUUUGUGGACAAAGGUUUAGAGAUAAGUCAACUUUAAACAUACACAUGAGAAUCCAUACAGGGCAGAAACCAUUUGCAUGUGAUGUUUGUGGACAAAAGUUUACAGACAAGUCAACUUUAAACAGACACAUGAGAAUCCACACAGGACAAAAAACAUUUGCUUGUGAUGUUUGUGGACAAAAGUUUAGAGAAAAGUCAACUUUAAACUCGCACAUGAGAAUCCACACAGGACAGAAACCAUUUGCUUGUGAUUUUUGUGGACUAACAUUUGGGCACAAGUCAAAUUUAAACAGACACAUGAGAAUCCACACAGGAGGAGAAAACAGUUCAAUUUUAAAUAUUAAAACAAUUUCUAAAGACACUUGAGUUCACUCAAACUCGAAACUGAACAGCUAAGGUAUUUUGUAAAAAUUGUUUGAAUAAUUGUUUUCUGUAACUAGAUUUUUUUUUAACAGCAUUUAUCUGUUUAUGUUAGAGGUUUAAUGGCACAUAUAUUUG